AUGGCGAGGAUGCGAGGAGGCGAAGAGAGUGGAGAAAAAGACAGAGAUCCAAAGCAUUCUGGAUUGGUUAGAUUGGCACAAAUUGUGACAUUAUUGGUUGUUUUCGCCGGCGGUGUCGUUAUCGGUUUAACCACCACUUCUCAUAUUCACUACUUCAAUAACAAUAACAACUACCUUCAUUUCAUUUCACAACAACAUCCUUCUUCUGCUUCUGGUGUCUUCAAUCAUGUCGGUGGUGAUACCCUCCAACACAACAACAACAACAACUGUAACUGUAAUUGUACAAUCAUUCAACACCCUCCUCCGCCAUUUUCAUAUGAUAUCCAGGAACAAGAUAUGUUGGAAACCUUUCUUCAUCCUUCCACCAUCACGCAUACUUUCACCGAUGACCAGCUUUUCUGGAGGGCUUCCUUGGUUCCCAAGAAACGACACUAUCCUUAUGCUCGCAUACCUAAAAUCGCUUUCAUGUUCCUUACUAGAGGACCUUUGCCUAUGAUGCCCCUUUGGGAGAGAUUCUUCCAAGGUCACUACAAUCUCUUCAACAUUUAUAUCCAUGCUCCUCCUGGUUUCGUUCUCAACGUUUCAGAUUCUUCUCCCUUUUACCGACGCAACAUCCCAAGUCAGGCUGUUUCCUGGGGAACAGUUACGCUGGCGGAUGCCGAGAGGCGGCUUCUAGCCAAUGCGCUGCUCGACUUUUCAAAUGAGCGCUUUAUUCUCCUAUCAGAAAGUUGCAUACCUGUCUACAACUUCCCUACUGUUUACAGAUAUCUUAUUGAUUCUGCACACAGCUUUGUUGAGUCCUAUGACGAUCCUUCCCGUUAUGGCCGGGGCCGCUACAACCGCCAUAUGCUUCCUGAUAUUCAGCUUAGACACUGGCGCAAAGGCUCUCAAUGGGUUGAACUUCACCGUGCUCUAGCUGUUUAUAUCAUCUCUGACACCCAAUACUUUUCCCUCUUCCGUAAAUACUGUAAGCCCGCAUGCUACCCUGAUGAACAUUACAUUCCAACCUUCCUCAACAUGUUCCAUGGUUCCCUUAAUUCAAACAGAACAGUCACAUGGGUCGACUGGUCAAUGCUUGGUCCUCAUCCGGCAACCUAUGGGAGGGAAAAUAUAACUGUCGGUUUUAUACAGUCCAUAAGGAAUCAUGGAUCGCUGUGUCGAUAUAAUUCAGAUAUGACUUCUAUUUGUUAUCUCUUUGCUCGCAAGUUUGAUCCUAGUGCAUUGGAGCCCUUGCUUAACCUCUCUUCAGAAGUCAUGAACUUUUAA